CUCUGAUAGAACUCUAACCAGACCAUUUGGCAAGAAACUGCCCAACUCCUUUUGCCAUGCCAAAGAAGCAGAAGCUUCAGGGCCGAAAAGUUCAGAAGCCUAACAAGCUUGCAGCCAAAGUAUCAGCGGGGCCAACGACUACUGCGCAUGCUGCAAGAAGCCCACUUGGCAAACCUAUCUCGCACUACAAAGCAGAGUGCAAUUUGAAAUCUUUCCGCAAAGAAGCCAAAAGGGUAGGCUUUGAUGCGCAGGCCUACUUGGAAAAUGGGUAUUGCAUCCUUCGACCUCUGUGGAGGGACAAGGAGGUCCAAUUAGCUCUUGCUGCAGCACAACGUGUGCGCUCCGGGUCUAGAAGCAGUGACAACCAGGGUGAGUUUGUCUUCUUGCGUGGCAGUAGCACACCAGACAAGUUGCUACUCUUCUCGCUGCUGAACAGAUACCUGCCUUUCUUGCACCAACUGCUGGAGGGUAUCGUCCUGCCUGGCUCGAACAACUCUCCAUAUGGCCACCACAACCAAGUCCAAGUUGCCGUGAAACGUCCAGGUUUCGAAGGCUACACUGAUCUUGCCCGGAUGUCAAGCUCCCGUGUGGGACAUAUUGACCAAAGUAGCGCAAAGCAAACGCCUCCAGGCAAGCCGACAUCCAAUUAUUCAGUACUGUUUGGAGUAGUGCUCAGUGGUGAAACCAAAACGAGAUCUGACGCAGGAAACUUGUAUUUGGCACCGGGCUCCUACCAGAAGUUGGCCAAGGCCUUUCAAGCCUUUCAAGGGAAGGUGCCUUGGCAUCCCAACAUUACUGAGCAUUACCUUGGUGAAGAGGAUCCGAAGAUGGAAGCCGUCCGAGCGAGUCCUGGAGAAGCCAUCCUGAUGCACCACCAGACAGUGCAUGGAGUUGGGCCCAAUCACUCAAACACAGUCCAGAGCUUUGUUGAGCGAAUCUCUCUCUUCAUCGGUGACUAUAGCGAAUCACUGUCAUUGGUAUGCCCAGCGAAUCACCCGUCACUGCAAAGGACCGUGUCAAUGUGUACUUUCGAAUCACUGCCAGUGGACGUCCUGAUGGAUUGAAGACCUCUUAUCCGAAGGCCAUGCGAGAGCCACUCCUGGAGACACCUUUGCUUCAAACCCUAGCUGGCGCGGAGUAAAACAAAAAGAAUCCUGGAGCUGGAGCAAAAAGUCGGUGG